CAGAAACGCUUCCUAGAUCUGAGGGCUUUAAACAGUUUCUGUCUGAACCAGGCUAACAAAAACACCAUCAAAAUGUCCAGCAAGCGAGCCAAGGCAAAGACCACCAAGAAGCGCCCUCAGCGUGCCACCUCCAAUGUCUUUGCCAUGUUCGACCAAUCCCAGAUCCAGGAGUUCAAGGAGGCUUUUAAUAUGAUUGACCAAAACCGUGAUGGAUUCAUUGACAAAGAGGAUCUACAUGACAUGCUGGCUUCUCUAGGGAAAAAUCCUACAGAUGAGUACUUGGAAGGAAUGAUGAGUGAAGCACCUGGGCCCAUCAAUUUCACUAUGUUCCUCACUAUGUUUGGGGAGAAGCUGAAUGGCACAGAUCCAGAAGAUGUCAUUCGAAAUGCUUUUGCCUGCUUUGAUGAGGAAGCCACAGGCUUCAUUCAUGAAGAUCAAUUGCGUGAACUGCUUACCACCAUGGGUGAUCGUUUUACAGAUGAGGAAGUAGAUGAGAUGUAUCGAGAAGCUCCAAUUGAUAAGAAAGGCAACUUUAACUAUGUGGAGUUCACCCGUAUCCUGAAGCAUGGAGCCAGAGACAAAGAUGAUUAA